AUGUAGGAAAAAUAAAAUGAAAUAUUUGAAAUUCUAUAAAAACAAGCAGAAGAAAGGAAAAUAAUGAAAAAAUAAGAAAUGUUUUAAUUAAAGAAAUAAAAAAUAGCAGAGAUUAAAUAAGACAAAAAAAAACUUGUAAAUAAUGAAAUUUACUAUUAUUUGGAUAGACUGAUGGUCUAGUUAAACAUCCAUAUUAAUUUUAACCAGGCAAAGGAGUUGGAUAAUUUUUUUAGAAAAGUGACUUUCUUUUACCUAAAUAACAUAAAUAAGGUUUGGAGCGUAUUCAAAGUGCAUGGCUGCCUACAUACAGUCAUUCUCGUUUAAUUAGUGCUACACCAUUUGAUACAGAACCAUUUCCUCGUCCUCCAUCAACAAAAGAGAAAUUAUGGAGACCAUUCUCAUCUUAACCGAAUAAGCUGAACAUGAUAUAAUUAGUACCUCAUAGUCCAAAAGAUAAUGCAUUAACACCAAAGAAGAAUUCAUUGGCUUUUGAUUCAGGUGAAAAGCUUAUUCCAAUGAAACCUUUUCUACCAACUAGAAGAAUAUUUAGUGCAUUUCCAAAAUGAUU